UCAUUAUCAUUUUAUAAUGCAAAUGAUACCCAUAAAUGAUUUCCCAAGUACCACUAGUCUUUGGAAAAUCCGUUUCCUUCUGAAUUCGUCACAUCACAAGGAAAGCCGGCGCCCGCGCACGCGCCUCUUUUACAUAAAACCAGGCAAGGCUCUGUGUAGAGACAUUCACGUCGUAGCACGCGACCAGAGCACACGUCCUCCAAAGAACUCCAAAACAACCAUGUGGCCUAUUACUGUCAUUCUGUGCCUUUGCGCGUCAGCGUUAGUCGUAGCCAUUCCGAUUCAAUCAGAUAAAUCGAUCGCGAGUGAAAUUGGUGUUUCUACAAGCGAUAUGGACCCUAGAUUGGAAAUACAAAUACCGCAAGAUGAAAAAGGAAUAUCUCAGUUACCUAUGGAGUUGAAUAUGGAAUCAGUGCCCAGUGAUAGAUUAAAGAAAAGGAUGAAACGCAGCGUUAUGCCUCGGAUGUGUCCAAAAGGAAAAAUCAGAAUUAACGGGAUUUGCAUGCCAAGAGAGACGUGUGAAGAAACGGGGGAUUGCUAACAACAUAUGAGCAAUGGCAUCGGUGUUACAAGACUAGAACAGCUUUAAAAGCGGUGGCGAUCUACAUUUACUACGAAACGUGAAUUUUGUUACCAGUGCCAUUUAAAGAACAACCAUUAUCUUUAUAAUGUUACCUAUUUGAUGAAACUGAUGAAACUAUGAAGUGAAGAGCUAUUUGGCGAAACAUUUUUGUAACCGAUGAAACUAUGAAGUGAAGAGCUAUUUGGCGAAACAUUUUUGUGGUACAAAGGUGUGUUACGAUAUAUUUGGUAACUUUAGCCGACACAAAAAACAUUGUGGCUGUUUCAUACAUUUUAGCUGGCCAUUUUCUAUGGGAGGGUAAAAAUUUUUUUUUCGCUAUUUCAUCCCAUAGUAAAAGUUGCUCAGUAUAAUCCGAAAACCUCCCUGGCAAUGGGAAUGCACAUAUUUUUUGGCCACCUUGUAUAUUCGAUGCUGAUGCUAAAUUGGAGUAAAAAAAUACAGUCAACAGCAGGAGAAAACAAAAGAAGACUUACCAACGUGGACAGUUUAGUUAAUUUAGCCGUUGUGUUUGAUGGCGUUCGGUUAUUUGGUACAGCAGGACUAAUUUUGGUUGGCCAACGACUUCAUUUAAUUCUGAUACUGUAAAUUUAUGUAAAUAUCUAUCUGCUACACACCGCCGGCUUACCAAACGUCUAAAUAUACUAUAAAUAAUUUGCGUACAACGAAGACAA